GGGGCGGGCGCUGGCGGCGGCCGCAGCGCUCUCCCGCACGGAGCACGCAGGUAGCGGCGGCGGCGGCGGCUGUUACUGACUCAUCCUCGCCGUGGCCCCGCUCGCCCCGCCCCGGCCCCGCCGCGCGCGCGCAACCGCCACCUCUCGCUGCCUGACAGGAGGUGCCAUGGCCUCGCGCAAGGGCCCCAAAGGCGCCGGUAGCAACCCCAGCCCCAGCUCCAAGAGAGAGACUAAGCAUGGAGGAAGCAAGAAUGGAAAGAAAGAAGGCCUCUCUGGAAGCUCAUUUUUCACCUGGUUUAUGGUAAUUGCUUUGCUGGGAGUUUGGACAUCAGUUGCAGUUGUUUGGUUUGAACUUAUAGAUUAUGAAGAAGUUCUAGGCAAGCUUGGUAUUUAUGAUGCUGAUGGAGAUGGAGAUUUUGAUGUAGAAGAUGCUAAAGUUUUGCUAGGCCUUAAAGAAAGAUCUGUCCCAGCACAGCCAACAUCACCAGAAUCUGAGGAGACCACUGAGCCUGCUGAGCAGUUUGUUGAAUCAGAGCACAAGAAUGCUGAAGUAGAAUUGGAAGAGGAAAUUCAGUCUGUUCUUCAGGAAGCUCUCCAUUCCCAGUCUGGAGAGAGACAUGAAGAUGUAGAUGAAAGCAUAAACGACCAGUGGCAUGUGAAGGAAGAAAUACAUGAAGAACAUUUUGAAACUCCUAAAGCAGAUGACUUGCAUGAAGACUUAGAGAAUGAAAUGCCAGAAGCAUCUGAGUUGCCAGACUCAAUUCAGAAAGACACUGAUGUUUUAGUAGAUGAUCUUGGAGCAACGGAGCCUGAAAGAUAUGAAGUUCCAGUUUCAUAUGAAUAUGAUACAGUUUUGGGAAACACAGUAAAUGAGCCAGAAGUUCCAGAUGACACUGAGCUAAUGCCAGAAGAUGCUAUUGAACAUCACACAGAGGACAGAGUACAUGGGGAUUAUAAUGAAGAACAUGAACCAAAACAUGAAGAGGAGACUGGGAGUGAAGAUACAGCUGUCGAGGACAUUCCUGAGGAGGUAAAUGAAGUCACAGAGCCAGAUGAAGUUACUGAAGAUUUGGAAAUUGAUAAAAAGCUGUCAGUAGAAAGUAAACAUACCGAAGAUAAAGUGGCCACUGAACAUGAGGAAUCAGAAAUGCCCGUUCAAGUUGAGGAUUAUUCAAAUGAUAAUCUAGUGGGAAAAGGUGGAAAAGAAACUGAGCAAGAAAUAAAAGAAAAAGCUAAAAAGAAGAAAAAACCAAAGCUAUUAAACAAGUUUGAUAAGACCAUUAAAGCUGAACUAGAUGCUGCAGAAAAACUACGUAAAAAAGGAAAAGUUGAAGAGGCUCUAAGGGCCUUUGAAGCAUUAGUGAAUCAAUAUCCACAGAGUCCACGAGCAAGAUAUGGAAAAGCACAGUCUGAAGAUGACUUAGCUGAGAAAAUGCGAAGUAAUGAGAUGUUGCAACAAGCCAUCAACACCUAUGAUGAGGUGGCUAGUCUGCCAAAUGUUCCUUCAGAUCUGAUGAAAUUGAGCUUGAAACGAGAAGCAGACAGGCAGCAGUUUCUUGGUCGCAUGAGAGGUUCUCUAGUUACUCUACAGAAAUUAGUUCAUCUGUUUCCCAGUGACAUUUCUUUCAAGAAUGACCUUGGAGUUGGUUACCUCUUGAUGGGAGAUAACAGCAAUGCCAAGAAAGUAUAUGAAGAGGUACUAAGCCUGGCUCCAAAUGAUGGCUUUGCCAAAGUACAUUAUGGCUUCAUCCUGAAGGCAGAAAACAAGAUAGCAGAAAGCAUUCCCUAUCUAAAGGAAGGACUAGAGUCUGGUGACCCGGGCACAAAUGAUGGACGCUUCUAUUUUCAUCUAGGUGAUGCUUUGCAGAGGAUAGGAGACAAAGAGGCAUACAAAUGGUAUGAACUUGGAUACCAAAGAGGUCACUUCGCAUCUGUGUGGCAGCGCUCCCUCUACAAUGUCAAGGGACUGAAAGCUCAACCUUGGUGGACAGCAAGGGAAACCGGUUAUACAGAACUGGUGAAGUCCUUAGAAAAAAACUGGAAGCUCAUUCGGGAUGAGGGGCUUGCUGUGAUGGAUAAAAAAAGAAGCCUCUUCUUGCCUGAAGAUGAGAAUCUACGAGAAAAGGGAGACUGGAGUCAGUUUACCUUAUGGCAGCAAGGAAGAAAAAAUGAGAAUGCUUGUAAAGGUGCUCCAAAAACCUGUGCUUUACUGGAAAGAUUCCCAGAAGCUACUGGUUGCAGAAGAGGGCAGAUCAAGUAUUCCGUUAUGCAUCCAGGGACUCACGUCUGGCCUCACACAGGGCCCACCAAUUGUAGACUGAGGAUGCAUUUGGGUUUGGUGAUACCUAAAGAAGGCUGCAGAAUUCGAUGUGCCCAAGAGAACAGAACCUGGGAAGAAGGGAAAGUCCUUAUCUUUGAUGACUCUUUUGAACAUGAAGUAUGGCAGGAUGCUGAAAAUUAUCGCCUGAUAUUCAUUGUUGAUGUGUGGCACCCGGAGUUAACAGCACAACAGAGACGUACCUUGCCUGCUAUUUAAGGGGCUACUUCUGAUGUGAAGAACAGAGGAACUUUAACUCUUUGGAGUAUGCAGAUAGAACCAUGCAGGAUUAACUUGCCAGCAUAUGGAAAAUACUAGUAUUUUAACGAUUAGAAGAUAUGAAAAAGACAUUCUACAGUGACAAAGGACUUAAAAGAAAAAUUUUUUAAAAAUUAUUUUGUUUCAUACUCAUUCAGCACUGAUAUGAUAGUAUUGUUUUGCUGCAAGUUCCAAAACACAAAUCUUGUCAGCCUAAGAGCAGUCGGUCUAGAUUUUCAAGCUCUGGAAUAUGUAGAUGUUUUUGCUAUACCUGUGUGAUGCGUAUGAAAACAAUUGGUCAGUCACAGGCCUGGCCACAUUCAGGCACAAGAUUUGCAAUCCUACAUCCCAGAAAUAUUUACCAGGUUUUUAUUUUAUCAACGUUUAUGAUAUUUAUAAACUUAUGCACACAAUCAACUUUGAAAAUCAGUUAUGCAGUUGUAAUGCUAACUGCUUUAGGCAUAAAGCAUGUCCAUAUAUAAUCAACUGUAGAUAAUGUGAAUGGGUUGUGUGCUUUUGUAUUUUUCUACCUGAGUAACUGUAUUUUUCUAUCGUAAUUAUGAAUAGAUCUUCUGCUUUAAUCAACCACUAUUUUUAAAAAGCAAUGUAUGUAUAAGUGCUUCUCUAGCUAUUAGCAAAAAAAAAAAAAAAAAAAAAAAAAAAUAGACUGUAUAAGUAGAUUUCAUUUUUGCCGAAUGUGGCCUUCUCUUGUCUUCCUGGAAAUGUAAUCAGAAACUUGUAUUAUUGACCUCCUAGUGGUUUUUCUAAAACAAAGUAGUUCCCUUAGUUAGCAUACAACCUUCAGUUUUAUAAUGUGAUUUUGGAAGAUGCUGAACAAAAUGACAACUGUAGAUGUGGAUCGGAAGGUACUUGACAGAACUGAGGAUUAUAUGGUGAGCUGCUGAUCUUCUUAUCAUUACUAAAGUUUGUGUUAUGAUAACCCUUUUCUAGCCAGCCAGGCUUUGAAGCUCCUUUCAGGAGCUCUUCUAGGCUGACCUUGGGUGGUUGUUCAACAGGAAAAAAUCUAUGAAGAAUUUCUUGAGCUAAGAGCAGACAAACAAGGUCUAACUUGGAUUCCUGCUAGGAAGCAGAGCAAAGAGCUUGGGGAGCUUUUUUCAAGUUAUUAACUUGUAUUCUGCUACCAGCAUCCUACAGAGUGGUAUAAUAAUCCCUUCAAUGAGCUAACAGUGUGCUUGCUGUCUUGAAAUUUAUGAAACUAUUGAAGUAAUCUUAUCCCAGUAUAGUUUACAAUAUACUCUGUAUUUGCUAUUUUGAAUUUCCUAUGUGGUAAAAUGACCUUUUUUUCAAGAAAAAAAUCUGUUUGGGUAUUUAAGCAGUUUGCUGGCCUUUUGGCACUGUACUGUUUUGUGGGAGACAGAGGGUACAGGCCCCUCAGCUAUUAACCUUAACAGGGGGGAGAGACGCAAGGUUGCACUGAAGAUGUUUAUGGCAGUCUCUUUUCUACUCUUGUGCCAGGCAUGUUAGGGUGCUUAGCGUUACCAAGCCUGUGGCAUCGUUACUGAGGGCUUGUGAGAGACAAGUACUAAGCAAGGAGCCAGAAAGGUUACUUAAAGUCUCUGCAGCUUUGGCUUUGUGGUUCAGAAAAGCACUGAAUUUUUGAUAGUUUUGUUUUGCUAGGAGACUACAUCAUGGUACCCGAGUAUUGUAUGCACUACAGCAUAUGCUACAGAAGAGAAUAUCACAUUUGCUGAUGCAAAAUACUGAUAAGAGCCUUGCAUUCCCCUAAACUAAAUGCUUUUCAGAUUUUGUGUUUUAUUAAGUAAUUAAAUCUUGUAAUGCCACAGAACACAUGGUAAUUGUGCCAUAAAUUGCUGUAACUAGUUUCUGGAACUGUGCACUUUAAUUUCCUUUUUGACUAUUAAAAAUAAAUAAGACACACUGAAAACCUCUCUCUGAUCAAGAAUCAGUUUUAGAUAGCUAUGAUAAUUAGGCAUUAUUUUGUUGUCUGUAUCAAAAAUUACACUGAAACUGUCAUUUACAAAAAGGAACAAUUCACAGUUGAGCGUUGUAUGAAAACUGAAAAGAUUUGUAUGAGUUUAGAAAAUAUAAAAAUACCGUUGCAAAGCUUUAGGAGAUUCAUAUGCAAAACUGGAAAUAAGGUACUCAUUAUUGCUCAUGGCAAAAAUAAAAAUAAUCUCUCGAUCGUGGUUUAGUCAGAGAUUGUAUUUUGUGUCUCUGUAACAUGAUCAAGCAGUACAAAUUAUGAAAUAUUUUGUAAUUCUGUAAAACAGACAUAGUAGUUUAUAAAGAAUGAAUCAAGAAAUGUUUAAAUCAAAAUUUAUGUUGUAGGAAUAUUUGUAUUAAUAAUGCAUUGUAGUUUCUAUAGCUCACACUAAACACUUCCUAGCAAAGGAGCGGUAAACAUUUUGGAGUUUUAUUUAUAAAAAAAUCAUGCUGUGCUUCAGAUUGUUUUGUUGUGCCUUUGAAGUCUUGUACUUUAUCUUUUCAGAUUACAAUUGACAAAUAGAUCAAAGCAAUCAACACAAAAUGUGUGUAUGCCAAGGUAGUAUGUUUAUUAAAUUGUGUAGUGACAUAUUGGGCUGUUAGAAUCUUAAGUGCCUUGAAUGUGAUAAGGUGGAUUAUGAACAACUCUUGUAACACUGAAGUGAUUCUACUCUAUGCUUACCUGUCAAGGAGCUGACAACAUAUAUAUAUAUAUGUAUGUUUUUAAGAUACUGUUAUUGGUUUAGCUAUAUACAUGGUGAGGAUAUGUAGCAAACUAUUCUGUAAGUGGUAUAUCACUUUAGGUGUUUCUAUUUGUCAACCCAUAUUCCAUCCUGAAAAAGUCUUUCAAUGGAAGAAAUGAAUGAAAAUGGUUUUUUUUAAUGGAUAACAAUUUCAGUUUAGAUACUUUGUUCUUCAUAUUUAUUUACAGUGGACAACUGAUAGAGAAGGGCAAUAUAGUCUCCUAUUUGUAAGGCUUGACUAGUACUUACUAAUUAGUUUAACUAAUUCUAACUCUUUUUGAGAUUUAAUCCUCAAGGACUAGAUCUCAGUGAUAUUCAGACUGUUAAUGCAUAACAGCUCCCCCUUGAAUAAACAGUGACUGUUACAGGUGGUCACAAAGAUUUCCAUUUGAGAUUGUGUUAGUGUUGUUUCUCUCUUACUUGUGAUUACAAAAUCCUGGAUGAGUAUUCUUGUGAGAGCACCAUUCCAAUGGCAGUAGAAAGAGAAAAUUGCAACCCAAAGUAUCUCUUUGUUAAUGCUGCAGUAUAGUAUGCAAUGUCAUGUGUGUGUGUGUAUAUAUAUAUAUAUAUAUAUAUAUAUUUCUGCUUUAAGCAACUUCUCUAGUGCAAAACUUUAUUUCUGUAGGACUUCAUGAGCCUAGGGAAGGAAAGGGAGUUGAAUCCUGUCACAAGGAGAGGACAACCUAGUUCUACAGCAGGUGCUCAUGUUAGGAGAAGGGGAAUGGAAGAAACCCCAAAGAUAAAUGGGCUCAAUGUCUUAUUUGUUUGAUGUUUCUGCAAGCUUCUACAUGUCUGCCUCUUUUACUGACUUCUCUAUUUCCCUGCUGAGAGCUUCCACUGUCUUAACGAGUUGCUGUGUAUCAUGGAGGCCAGGCUUUGUAUCAAUAACAUACUGCUGUGGAAGAAGAAUUAUUCUGAAUUGGGUUGUUCUGUGCGAAUCUAGCAGAUAAAUCCCAUAUAUGUUAAAUGGGAUCUGGCAGAAUGUCCCUUCUGCUCAGUGGAGGCAUAAAGUAUUGUGGUAGACAGAGGGGACAUUUUGUUACCCCAUUCAUUAGGGCUAACCAUGUCCAGCUGAACUCUGUCAUCAGCUUAGUGUCUCACUUAGGAAUUCAGUGGGUGUUCCAGAAGCAUAUUAAAAACCAUUAUGGUGCCCAUUAUCAUCUCAUUAUAUAUAUAUAUAUGUAUAUAUAUAUAUAUACAUACACACACAUAUAUAUAUAUGGUUUAUGCUACUUUGACAUGCUGGUGCCAACCACUUGCUCUAAUGAUUGCCAAUGUAUGACAAUUAAAUUGAAAACAAAAUGUGUGUACAGUAUUUGUAACUGUUUUAGGAAAUAAAGUCACUGCACACGCAAUUUGAUAACGA